AUGAACGAUGAGCAUACAAUCCUCAAUCAUUACAAUCUGACCAGUCCUUUCCCCACAGCUUGGCCUGCAGAGAAAGAUGAAAGUGACGCUUCAGAGGAGGAACUUACCGCGAGCGGUCUCUCAAAGACUGCCAUUCGUCAAUCCAGAUCGAGGUACUCGGCUCUGCAACGCAAUGGCAGCAAUCAUCGUCGCUUAAUACCCGGGUCCCAGAAGCUUCGGGACGGUCAUGAGAAUCUGGUACAGAGGGACGAGCCUGACCCUCUCGGAGUGACGGAUAGUGUUAUACGUGUGCUGAGACAAAAGGGUCUGCCGGUCGAGGAAGACCAGCGGUUAAGGAACAGAUUCCUCCUAUCCUCUACUACCUUUUCUCCAAAUCUAUAUCUAUCACAGGUCCAUUCAAAUGCUUCAACCCAAUCCUUGCUGCAAGGUCUCGACUUUCUCUCGCGAUCUAUAGAUCAGAAAUCUGCGUCUUUAAAAGUACUCGUGGAGUCUAAUUUUGAACGAUUCGUCCGGGCAAAAACCACGAUUGACAAUGUCUACUCCGAGAUGCGUAACCAAGGCGCAGAGCCCGAACAGGACAGAUCACGCACUCACUCCCGAGUCACCAGCAGGGGCAGCACACAUUUCAGGAACGCCAGCGGGCAGGGUCCUCUAUCUCCUGGAAGAGGCGCCAACAAGCCAUUGCAAAGCGACAAGAGAAAGAACGCCCUGACGAAGGAGAGCGAGUACGGAGUGCAAGGCAUCAAAGCUCCUCUGAUCGAGGUUGCAGUCAAGGCUGAAGAAAUAUGGGGUCCAGCUUUGGGUGGACGAGAACGGGAGGGAAGCUUGAAGUCAGUAAUGGAUUCUGUCGACAAAAGCCACGAGAUACUCAAGGUGGGAAAGGCUGUGUCCGAGUGCAUCAAGCGCAAUGACUACGAGGGUCUGGUGAGAGAAUACUCUGGAGCUCGAAAAUAUACAGAAGACGCCAGGCAAAUAGCCAGCAACGCAUCGAAUGGCCACGCACAGCUCACGGACUCCCAAGUCCAUCAAAUCGUCAUCACUGGCCGCAUGUGGUCCGAAGUGGAGGACCGGAUCGAACAUUUCAAGCGCGACAUCUGGCGGAAGCUAACCAACGUUCAGAACAACGCAACAUCAUCCACAGAACGUAAUGCGCAGGAUGAUCACAUGGCGCUAAUCGGCAUCCUUUUAGAACUUGGAGUGGAAGACAAUCCAAUCUGGGUAUGGCUGCUGAGCCGAUAUGACCAUUUGAAGAACAAGAUCAAUGCUACCUUUGAGCGCUCAAGGGUAGAAAUUGAGGUCCUUCGCAGAAGACUUGCGAACAUAGAACCACCAUUUUCUCGGGUCGUUGCUAGUCAUCUGCAAAGCCCCGCUCGGAAGGACGCUGACGAAACGAGCAAAGACCUGGAUACGCCGCCUGUUCUAGAGCUUUGGGAUCUCAUAUAUAAUUCGUUGAACAACCUGCUGUCAGUGCAGGGUGGGAUCCUGGGCGAAGUAAUUGAAUUUUGGGGCAAUGCUCAGACCUUCAUUGACGGCAAAGGACAGAAAACACUGCCAAUAGGGAUCGACGGCCGUAGCCGAAAACAUCACCGACUGUCUACAGAUGGUGUCAAAGAUCUCCAAAACGGAGCCGCCGAGCUCGUUGGCAUAUUGCAAGAGAACAUAUACUCGUUUUUCGCAGACCCUCCGAUCGAAGAUAUUUCCAUGCUUUAUUCCCCAACAACACCAACACCGGUCACACCACAAUCUGCCACACUGUCGCCGUAUGCCCACCAGGAUUCUCGUUUCAAAUUCGAUGAAAACCAUCCACCGCCUCCUUCCCUUCGACGAGGUGAAGCAUGGGAAGAGUUCGCGUUCUGGCCUCCAUACGCAAAUUCGCUGAGCGGAGUACACUACCUUGAAAAGCUUCUCACUUUGCUUGGCUCAGCAGCAAGUGAAGCUAUUGCCAUGCGCCCAAUAGCAUCUGGGCACACUUUGUCCGAAAAGCUGAGGACCAUGGUCACUAGUGCGCGAGAAAGGUCGGCACGAGCAGCGUGUGCGGCAUGGGGUCGAGACGCUGAGAUGUGUAAGGUUAUGGAGGAUUGGUCACGGGCGAACGAUCAGCCUGAACUGACCAAUAUGCCGGCUCGAUUUUCAGCUUUGGAGAACACGGUGUUGUCAGGUAUGCAGAAGAUACUCUACAUACCUGAAGCAGCUGUGACCAAGUCCGGAUCAGUAGCUGUUGUUUCCCCUCCGACUGCAAAGCUGGUACAGAUGGUCAGAAGUCAGUUCGUAACGUCACUCUACAAAGCCUUGUCUGGUAUGGUUGAGAACGCCGAGAGUUCAAAGCCACACAACGCGAAAGACGAGGUCGCAAGCUCCGAUGACAUGGUUGUCUCAAGAGUCAUCGACGAAAGGCUUCAUGGAAAGAAUAAAAACAUCCGCAAGCUCCUGACCCUCUCCAACCUCGCAGCUCUUCAAAGCUCUAUCGUCCCUAACCUGACCUCCCAAUUCGAAAGCAACUUCUCCAUAACGCUUACUGACGAAUCCAAAACCCUCCGUGAUGCUCUUUCCCAAAUCUCCGAACGCCUUUUUCUCUCCUAUACGCAACCUACAGCCAAUGAGCUUUCCUCUAUCAUCUAUGCCGGCAUCUCCUCUUCAGAUUGGGUACCCGCCACCGCCCGUCCGUCCGCCGUCCAGCCAUAUGUCUACGAAUCGUUAUUGCUACUAGUCUAUGUGCACACUGAAGUCUCCACAACCGCGGCACCAUUGACCAAUCAGAUUCUCUCUCACCUCCUCGAACAAAUGAGUCUAGCUUUCCUAGAGGCAUUUAAACAAAGGUCGCGAUAUCCCCUUGCGGCUCUCAUGCAAGCAACGCUUGACGUCGAGUUCGUCGCUCAGACUUUGAGUCAGUACACGACAGAGAAAGCGAGCGAGACUCAGUCCAAGAUAUAUAUCGAGCUUGACGCUGGCACAACGCCAGAUGCAAGUAAACGAUUGCAAGGAGAGUUACCCGAGAUGAGGAUGGUCUUGAAAAGACUAAGGGAAGGCACUAGGAGCGAGUUCCUCUGUUUCAAAAGGGAGAAGAAGCUCCAGAGCUGA